AUGCCAUCUAGUCUCGGCAGUGCAUUCGGAUUUGGUGGUAGAACAAAAGCUGCUCUCCCACGAGACCAUAAUUCAAGCACAAGGCUCAACCAAUUCGCACUCGGAGGAGGCCAAGACUUUGACACAAAGAAUUUCAAAGUCAACAAAUGGACAAGAUUCAGUGCCAGAGGCUUUGAACUAUUCCUGUCUGUCAUCUUGAUGGCCAUGUUGGGCAGAACACCAGCAACAUUGAGCAACUCGAAUGAUGUGUCUGGCAUCACCUCUGCAAUGUUUGCCGUAUCAGCUAUAUCGCUAAUCGCUGCCUCGGCUGGAAUCGUACUGUACAUGGUGCCCUUUUUCAUGCAUUCGUGGACGACUCGACGUGUUCUUAUCGUCGAGAUGAGUAUAGACGCCAUUAUGUCUGGCCUCUUUGUAUGCGGAUUCAUCGCUGCCGCCGUCAAGACUUGCCAACCCGGCACAAGCUCAUGUGAUGCCAUGAACUGGGACAUUGUUUUCAUGUGUGCAGUUGGUGCAGCGUACCUGAUCUCUCUCGGUUUGGACGCCUAUUCGUUGCUCAAAGGCUUAUUCCCAAAGAGCUUUAACGACGAAAUUCAAUUGUUUGGUGCCAGAAGAGCUAGCGUUGGAAGAUAUUGA